UAUGAAAUGUGCUUUUAAAGUACACAUGCCCCAACAGCAAUCUGAUGACAGUGAGAGUGAGGAGGAUAAUCUAGAUAACGAGCACUUGUGGGAGGACAUUAAUUUAGCAGAAGACACAGAAUUACCCUGGUCAUCAGGUGAACGUCUUUCCUGCUUUGCACACUCUCUGCAGUUAGUUGUGAAUGAUGGCAUGAAGGAGGUUAGGACCAUUUCCCGCUCCAUAGCCAAAACAUCACGGUUCACAACUCUAUUACAUAGCAGCUCACAAUUCAAAGACAAGUUUGAGGCUAUGUUUGGCACUAAUAGGACUGUUCCAGCUGCAAGCAUGACUCGUUGGAACAGUACAUUUAAACAAGUACAGGCCCUCAUAGCUCUGGACCACAAAGCCCUGAACGAAAUGUGCACUAAGGAUUAUGAGGAUGUGGUGUUUAGCACCCGUGAGUGGAACCAACUGAAGGAACUGAGUGCAGUUCUUGCUCCAUUUUCUGAGGCAACAGACCUGACAGAAGGAGAGAAAUCAGUUACCAUUAGUAUGGUGGUUCCAACUGUCCUGGACUUGAAUACACACCUCCUCAAGAUGGAGGAGACCCGAAUGCAGUGCCGGCCAUUAGUUGCAGCCCUCAAGCAGUCUCUGAUGAAAAGAUUUUCUGGAAUCUUUAUAAAAAUAAACAUGGCCAAAGAGAGCGGAAGAGAGCAACCUUUUAACCACAAUGUGUACUUUUUUGCUACCAUGCUGGAUCCGCAGUUUGGCUUAAGCUGGGUGGACUUAGAUGUUACCAAUGGGGGAAAUGCAGCAUCAGUGAAGAAGUUCAGAGAAGAACUUAAGAAGACUCUGACAGACACAUUGAUCUUUGAGGUGGAGAACAUGAUGGACAGUAAAGAUGAAACGGGCUCAGAAGCCAGGAAUGUGGAUCCAGCCAGUGAUUCACCACCAGCUAAAUGUCCUCGCCUUCUGUCCCGCUACAAGGCCCACAAGAAACGCAGCUCAGUGCAGGAUUCAAGUAUUGUAACACAGAUAAGCAAAUACUUUGAUGCCGUCCGUGACUCUGAUCCUGACAAUGCACUUGUCUUCUGGGCCAAAAACCAUGCCAGAUUUCCACAACUCCACAAUUUGGCAUUGAAGGUGCUAUCAGUCCCUGCCUCCUCUGCACCAGUGGAGAGGGUUUUCAGUAGAGGAGGCAUUAUAAUGAGACCCCAUCGUGCACGUUUAGGUCACAGAAUGUUGCAAUCUCUCAUGUUUUUAAAAUGCAACCAAACUUUACUUUAAAGUGAUUUCUACUGAUUUAACUUUAAAGGUGUGCAACUACUACUUUAUUGCAACCACUGUGCAACUAUAUGGUUAUCCUGUCAUGU